UCACACCAUCCCUCACCAUCAUCAGCAUGAAGAACAGAUGUAUAUAAAAGUUGAGGUUAAGGAAGAAGAAGAGGAAACCUCUGGGAUUGAUUAUCAGCAAUCUACGGAGGAGGUCGGAAUGAUUGUGAUAAUUAAAGGGGAGGAACCUUCUCUAGGUGUCAGCAGAGAUCAAAGGAGCCGGCCACACCCGCGUCCUUGGCCAUGUUCAUACUGCGAGAAGAGCUUUAUUCGAGGACAAGACCUUCUAAGACACGAGAGAAGUCACACGGGGGAGCGCCCUUUUCAGUGCUCAGAGUGCGGGAAAAGUUUCACUCAAAAAGGGGACCUCCUUAGACACCAGAAAAUCCACACCGGGGAGCGGCCUUUUUCCUGUCCAGAGUGUGGGAAAUCCUAUGUUCAGAAAGUAAACCUCCUCAAACACCAGAAAACGCACAUGGACAAAGAUCCUUUACCGUGUUCAGAGUGCGGGAAAUGCUUUAUGGGGAAAGGGGAACUUCUUAGGCACCAGCGAAGUCACACUGGAGUGCGUACAUUUUCGUGCUCGGAGUGCGGGAAAAGCUUCAGCGAGAAAGGAAAGCUUAUCGUACACCAGAGAAUUCACACUGGCGAGCGUCCCUUUUCCUGUACAGACUGCGGGAAGUGUUUCAUUCGGAAGGCGGACCUGGUUUCCCAUCAAAGAAGUCACACGGGCGAGCGUCCUUUUCAGUGUACGGAGUGCGGGAAAGGUUUCAUCCAUAAAGGCGAUCUUCUCCGACACCAGAAAAUUCACAGCGGGGAGCACCCUUACUCCUGUGCAGAGUGCGGGAAGUCUUACGUUCAGAAAGGACACCUCCUGAUACACCAGAGAAGCCACACGGGCGAGCGGCCGUUUUCCUGCCCGGAGUGCGGAAAAUGUUUCGCCGACGUAGGACUCCUUCACAGACAUCAGAAAAUUCACACGGGCGAGCGUCCGUUUUCCUGUAAGGAGUGCGGGAAAAGCUUUAAUCAAAAAGGAAUCCUUGUUAGACACCAGAGAGUUCACGAGGGCAGGUGACGUUUUUUUCAUGUUCACGGUGCGGGAAAAGUUUCGAAAAUCAGACCUGGGUGAAUGCCAGAAGAGUCAAUCGGGAGGAGUCCACAUUGGAAACGCUUUGAAAUAAAAUCUGACUGCACAUCAAAAAUGUCACGUCCGCUGACGACACGCGUUUGGUGGGAUUUCUUUUGUUGUUUCGUUGUAGGGGACAUUGUAGUACUCAUUAGCCUUUCUUCUCCUUUACUAUAAUCGGUCAUGGAUGUCGUUGUAUUAUUGUAUGAGUUUGUUUUCAGGCUCAAAUUAAAUAUGCUGUUCGUCUUUAAGCCUCUGUAAAUAUUCAUCAUCCAAUAAAAUAUAUGUAAACCCUCA